UUCAAAAAGUCCAAAACAAAUCAAAUUCAAAGUUCAAACCUAACUUACAAAAAACCAUGUGUUGUUUCAAAGUGACCAAACUAGAACUAUUAUGAUAAUCCCAACAAAACCUUAAAUUAAUGACAAAGUCCGAAAGUGUGAUGAGAGAGAUGUAAUAGAUCUCAUCACCAUAAAUAAAUACGUUUAGAACUCUCUAAUUAUACAUAGUAUUUAUUGAUUAAUAAUAUAAUUAAAUUAAAGAAAACCCCACAAAUUUACGCAAAGGAGAACACACUGAAGUUGCAGCUGAGGAAAACAAGCCCCAAAAUACUGGAAAAACCACCCCUUUUCAGAAAGAAAAAACCUUGAAAAAUACAAACAACAAAAACGAUGGAGAAAACGAAGUCCUGAUGGGUGUGGACCUCUCUCCAUCAAUUCUCUAGCUUUGCUUCAAUAUAAAUCAGUAGCUAUUGGGUGCUGAUUUAUUCAGGGCGCCGAGGAAGGACGACCCUUCUGGGGAUUUUAUAUUGGGUUGAAGUUUUUUGGGGGAAAAAACAAAUAAAAAGAGCAACUUUUUUUGGAGGGGAGAAGAUGGAGGGAAGUGGGAUGUGUGAUUGGAGUGUAAUACGAUCUAUACUAGCCAUUUUUCAAUGGUGGGGUUUCAAUGUGACUGUUAUUAUCAUGAACAAGUGGAUCUUUCAGAAACUUGAUUUUAAGUUCCCUUUGACGGUAUCAUGUGUACACUUCAUAUGUUCAGCUAUUGGUGCAUACACUGUCAUCAAGGUGCUCAAACUCAAGCCGCUUAUUGUGGUCGAACCUGAAGAUAGGUGGAAAAGAAUUUUUCCCAUGUCAUUCGUAUUCUGCAUCAACAUUGUCUUGGGGAACGUCAGUCUGCGUUACAUUCCUGUUUCUUUCAUGCAAACCAUAAAAUCUUUUACUCCUGCGACAACAGUUAUUUUGCAGUGGCUCAUUUGGAGGAAAUUCUUUGAUUGGAGAAUAUGGGCAUCAUUGGUCCCCAUUGUUGGAGGAAUUCUUCUUACUUCUGUCACAGAGCUUAGUUUCAAUGUCUUUGGAUUCUUGGCUGCCUUGUUUGGUUGUCUUGCCACUUCUACAAAAACUAUCCUUGCAGAAUCUUUGUUGCAUGGUUACAAAUUUGACAGCAUAAACACAGUGUACUACAUGGCACCUUUUGCAACAAUGAUCCUGGCUGUACCAGCUUUACUACUUGAAGGAUCAGGAGUUGUGGAGUGGUUCAGCUUGCAUCCCAACUUCCUCUCUCCAAUGCUGAUUAUUUUUGGCUCUGGAGUCACGGCUUUCUGUCUCAACUUCUCUAUCUUUUACGUUAUUCACUCAACAACUGCUGUCACCUUUAAUGUGGCCGGAAACUUAAAGGUUGCGGUCGCCAUUACAUGCUCGUGGCUUAUAUUUAGGAAUCCAAUUUCAGUGAUGAACGCGGUUGGAUGUGCUGUGACACUGGUGGGAUGUACUUUCUAUGGGUAUGUGAGGCAUAAGCUGUCGCAACAGAUGAACCCUGGAACGCCUCGGACUCCUCGAACUCCUCGGACCCCAAGGAACAAGAUAGAGUUGAUUCCCCUUGUCAAUGAUAAAUUAGAUGACAAAGUUUGAGAAACCCUGUGUUUAAAUUAUCUUUGAUAUGUAUGAUUAGAAGUAGUAGCAGUAGAAGUAGUAACCUUUUGGGAUAGUUGGGAAAUACAGCAUAGUUGUUUAUUUACAGGAAAUGAUUACUGAAAACCAUACAGAGACGGCUGGACUCUGUGUCAAGAUUAUUCAGUUAUCAAUUUUUAACCAAACAAAAAUUGACGGCUUCUCUUUUACCGCACUAAGAACUGAUGAAAAUAUCAUCAAGAAUUAGGGUGUUUUUUGAGAUUUAAGUUGGGAUCUUUUUCAUUGUCUUGAAACAAAAAAUUAGAGCCCCCA